AUGGAGAACAGCACAGGGGAUGAACAGAACCAAACAGGGCUGCUGCCAAGCCAAGAGGUGAUCAGUAUUGACUACCAAGUAGUUACCAUUCUCUUGGUCCUCCUCAUCUGUGGACUAGGCAUAGUGGGCAAUAUCAUGGUGGUGCUGGUGGUCCUCAGGACCAAACACAUGAGGACCCCCACUAACUGCUACCUGGUGAGUCUGGCUGUGGCUGAUCUCAUGGUGCUGGUGGCUGCAGGACUUCCCAACAUCACCGAGAGCCUGUAUGGAUCCUGGGUCUAUGGCUACGUGGGAUGUCUCUGCAUUACGUAUCUCCAAUACCUAGGCAUCAAUGCUUCUUCUUGUUCCAUCACCGCCUUCACUGUUGAGAGAUAUAUUGCCAUCUGCCACCCAAUCAAAGCCCAAUUCCUAUGUACUUUUUCAAGAGCCAAAAAGAUCAUUAUUUUUGUCUGGGCUUUCACCUCCCUCUGGUUUUUCCUGCUAGAUCUCAACACAGUUGUCUACAAAGAUACCAUCAUUGUUUCUUGCGGCUACAAGGUGUCUAGAAGCUACUACUCCCCUAUAUAUAUGAUGGACUUUGGUAUAUUUUAUGUUGUGCCAAUGAUACUGGCCACUGUCCUCUAUGGACUGAUUGCCAGAAUAUUGUUCCUGAAUCCCAUCCCUUCAGAUCCAAAAGAAAACCCUAAGACACGGAAAAACAACUCAACUCACCAAAACAAGACUAUGAAUUCCAAGAUGACUAACAGGGGUUUCAGUAGCACUAUUGCUUCUAGAAGGCAGGUUACCAAGAUGCUGGCUGUGGUUGUGAUCCUGUUUGCAUUUUUAUGGAUGCCCUAUAGGACACUGGUUGUUGUAAACUCCUUUCUCUCCAACCCUUUCCAAGAAAAUUGGUUCCUAUUAUUUUGUAGAAUCUGCAUUUAUCUAAAUAGUGCCAUCAACCCCGUGAUUUACAAUCUCAUGUCCCAGAAAUUCAGAGCGUCCUUCAAGAAACUCUGCAAUUGCCAGCAGAAACAGUCAGAGAAACCUGCCAGUUACAGUGUGGCCCUAAACUACAGUGUCAUCAAGGAGUCUGAUCACUUCAGCACUGAACUAGAAGACAUUACUGUCACCAAUACCUAUCUGUCCUCUACAAAAGUGUCCUUUGAUGAUACCUGUUUAUCCUCUGAGGUAACAUUUAGCAGAAAUUAA